UCCCUUUCUCUCUCUCUUUCUCUCCUCUCUCUCUAACUUUGAUACUAUUUAAUAAUUCAUUUAGCGUCGCAAACUUUUUUAGAUCUCUAACGACAAAAUCAUGUAAAGUGCUUUACUGGCAGACGCAUCAGUGCAUCUAUCUGCAUACUGUCUCCUUGACGAGACAUAAGUAUCCCCCAAGCGCAUACAUAGUAACGAUCGAGAAAUUUAUUACGCCGCGAGUCUGAGGCGUAUAUCCUGCGCGGAUUACUGUAAAUUAUCUUAUCUAUCUCACUUAUCUCAAACACGUCGUCAUUCCUGUCAGCCCGCACGCAAUAGGUGAAAGUCUAUAUAAUUACGGGGAGCUGCUCACCCCACAAGUAAACGAGUUUUAAUAUCGCCCGCGAAAAACCGAGCAAGCUUUACGCAGCUUGGAGGCCCAUUAUCAUUAUGAAGCGUACCGCGGAUCGAGUGUAUUCAUCCCCGUCGGCCGUUCUCCUACUCCCCCCUCCCUCCCCCGGAACUUCAAAAGUUCGUCUCUAUCAGAAUGCAUAUUAUUAAAACAUUCCAGAGUGCUCCCUAUCGACCACAACGUGCCCUGCAGGAACGCCGGUGGGUUCAUAAUUUCUAGCGUUAUCCAUGGUAAGCGAAUCUUUCAAAUUGUUCAUCAUCAUUGUCGUACGAAAAUCUCAUCAACUUCCUCGAUAAGAAUUUAUUCAAAGAAACAGCAAGUGACAAAAUUUUCUUAACUUAAUAUUUUUCAUUGUGUAAUGUUUCAAUAAUACUUAUUACAUUUACGAGCAAGUAAUAAAUUUGCGAACUUGCGCCAUUCUUAAUUCAUUGAGGAAUAAAAGUAAUCCAAAAAUUUAAAAUAGCUUUAUCUUAAUAUAUUUAUCUAAAAUUAUAUGUUUUAGAUUUCUCUUGAAAUAUUAAUAGUCUUUAAUCAGGAUAUCAGAAUAUAUGUGUUUCAUUGUAAUCUACAGAAGAAGAAUUUGCUUUCUAAACAUUUAUUUCUUCUUCAGCACAAUAAACUUUUUGAUAUGAAAUACAUGAAGAAGCAUCUACAAAACUUUUGUAACGUGAUAUUCGUUUUUUAUGAAGAUAAGCAAAAUACAUAAAAAUUCAAGUGAACCUCUUUUUGCUCCUGACUUUUGUUGCAGGAUAUUACGUGAAGAAACGAUAGCGCAUCUAUUAUCGUUUCUUCACUACCUUCCUGUAGUUAACUUCUUGCUAACGGGCGGAUGUCUCAAUUAAAAUCAAAGACGAUCGGUUGCAAUUACCGACGAUUUUCACACCGCCAUUCUACUGCAUCCCCCGUUCUUACGAUCUUUUGCUUCCUCUUCCCUUUGAAGACACAAUAAUGGCUACCUUGCGAAAACAAAACUACUCUUUGCACGCGCAUCAAUCAAUUAUUGUACUAAAAGAUAACGUAACUUUAUCCAACAGAAGUUGCAUGCAUUGUUGAAUGCAUUGCACAAUGCUAACUUGAAUAAUUACCGGUGUUUUUAUUUUAAUUAUAUUUACUUAAAAAAUAGUAAAAAUCAUAAUUACAGAUUAAUCAUUUUGUACACUGCUGAAAAAUUUACAAUUAAUUGUACUUACAAAAAAUUUAAAUAGAAGAUAAAAAGAAUUUAUAAUGUUUCAUAUUUGUAUAUUUUCAACAAAUAAUAUCGAAAGACGCUUAAUAAAGAGAACUUUCGUACAACGUUUUUUUGUAAUUCUUUGUACAUGUGAUUUCUAAUACAAUACCAUAAAUAAACAUCCAUGCAUAACUCGUACACCUGUUAGAAAUCGUGCGCCGCUGUUUCAGACGAUAAUUUCAGAUCGCGAGAGACAUUUGCCCUUUCUCAAGAUAGCCCAAGUGAAAAACGCGCGUACGUACGGGUUUAAAAUAGGAGAGUGGACGCGGCAGGAUACCUCUUUCAUUGCGUACCGUUCGAGAAAAUGGUCAUUAGCAUUGAAUCGCGCAAUAAAUUACGACCAUGAUACGGCAAUCGCGAGCCCUAAAGUAAUAUCCCUCCUUCACCGUGGCGUAAAUCACCCCCUCGCUAAUGCGGCGUCGCAAUAACGUACGGACGUGAGUAUGCGAAUAUUUACGAGAACAUUUAAUUAACCAACUGUCCCUGCUUGACCAAAAUGCCGGAUCUCAAAAGGGUCUUAUGAGAAAUCCUACUGCAGAUAUUGGUAACGCGCACGACAUCAUAUCUCUCUCUCUCUCUCUCUCUCUCUCUCUCUCUCUCUCUCUCUGUGUGUUUUACACUUGCUCUUCAUGCAAGGAUUUCGUACCUUUUUUUUCAAGCCAGCCAAUUAGGUUGCCGAGCGACAGUGCAUUGCGCGGCGAUAGGAUGAUCGAGCGGCCCGAUCGUAUCAGCGUUCGCGUGCCAAGAUCACGGUCAGGACACUCGAUAGCUCGAUAAGUAAUGCACCUUGAUAGGAUGACAGAGGAUACACGCUCUAGAAGAGCGAGACGGGAAAGAGAGAGAGAGAGAGAGAGAAAGAGAAAGAGAGAGACACGAGAUCGAGAAGCGCGCUUCCAGUGGUUCUUCUGGAAGUGCGGACGAUGUUAUCGAGUCCGGGCAAUGAGUGUCCCUCUACGAAACGAAUGGAACGUGGCUCAUCCGCGCAGCAAAAGGAACCACGUGUCCAGCAGCGUAUGCGCCACGGUAAAUGGCCGAUAAAUCGCCGCUCGAUCUGCCUAUAAUUCCGUGGCAUGCGAGAUAACGGUGAGCGCCAUAAGGUACAGACACCGCUGGCUCAUUAGUUUCCGAACAUGCGAUAACAAGGUUGCACUGAUUCGCGUUUACCGUCGAACCGCGACAACCGUGGAGCUCCUUGCUGAUCGAAGUGAGUUAAGACUAAGCCCAAUUAGGCAAAUUUGUUUUUCCGUCUCUUUUUACAUCCCUGCGGUAACUUAAGAUUAAAUAACAUACAAAUAAUAUUAAGUUAAUUAAAUCAAAUUGUCCGUAUUAACGCUCCAAUUAAAUAAGUUUUUUAUAACGCACUAAUGAAGUAGACUAACAUGACAUAAAGAUAAAUUCUUCUUAUUAUUAUUCCAAUCCUCAGCGUUGUACCAAUCUAAAUUAAUUUUAAUUUAAAUUUACUUAGUUUAAUCUUCUUAGUUACUUUUCAUCGUCAAAAGCUGAUUUCCGUUAUUUCGUUUAUCUAACGGUUACGCUAAUUGUGCCAACGAAUUACACACCUGUUUUUGCCGGCAUGUAGAUCCUAAUUAAGCGUAGGUCAAAGGUCGCGAGCGAGGGUGACCAAACGAACCACCACGGAUUCAUCGCCGUCCAUGUGACCGGCGUCGCUACCGAUUAUCGAGAGAGAACCCAGCUGGCUGCGCUUUGUGCCAGAACGUCGUUUGAUCUUCGACCACGUGGCACGGUGGGGUGACUGCGAGCACGGUGCACGGAGCCGGGGUCGUUGCGGCUAAUUGCCAGCUCAGCGACCACGUCAAUGAAAUCUGCACUUCCACAUCGCAUCGACGAAAAAUCGAAGGCAACCCCGGGAGCCAGAGGAGGGGGGGGGGGAAAUAGACACAGGGCUCCGCUCCCUCGCUACGGCUCUCGUAAUCGCAGCACCGACCGAGAUCUUCGUACGACAGAUAUUAUACUGGAUGCACUGCUAAUUGGCUUCAGAUAGAAACAAGCCAGCGGGGAGACGUGCACUAUAUAAUCAACGCCGUAGAUAUUUCGAUUCAGGAAACGAUUGUGGAGCGUACGUAUGAGAAAUAAAUUUUAAAAGUAUGAUUGCACCUCUACGUUUCUAAUGAAAUUGCUACUUAAUAAUUGAAAACUACCUUCCUGGAAGAAACAAGCACAACAUACCUAGAGCUAAAAAUGAAAAUCGUUGUGGUUCCUUAGCCUUCUGUUCAAUUAUUAUUCACAUUCUUUGUCAUGCGUAAAGUAACGAUUUCAAUGGAAUAAAUUUAAAUUCAAUUUGGAAAUUUUUAACAUCCUGUAAUUUAAUAUAAAAGAAUGAUACUCGUUUUUUAUCUCGUUAUCGGAAAUCAUUGCUGACGAAAUAAUUUCAGUGAUAUCCUUUUACAUUCUCAGAGUAAGCCAGAAUCCGAGGAAAGAUCUAAAGAGGAGAGGGGAUGAGAGUAGGCGGACGGCAGUUUGUGUAAAGGAGGAAGAUAAGCCUCAAUUAUGCCGAUUGACUCCUCCAAGUGAUGCUAGGUAGGGGAAUUUCGCUCCUCCUACUUGUCCUAUCACGUGAUCUCAGACAACCUUCCUUCCUUCCUUCCUGCCUGCUUUCCUUCCUUUCAAUCUAGAGGGUAAGAUCCUUCGGGAGGAAAAUGCACCGAGACGUAUGAGACACGAAGAUGAUCUGUCUGUUCGUACGAAUAAAGCGAGAUGCGCACAUAAGACGUUCGAGUGCACGAAAAUUGCAUUCGUUUCAAAUAAUCGUAAAAAUACAAGAAAAAUAUUCAAAUAAAUAUUAUCUUUCACUUAACAAUCAAACGAAAUUGAAUAAUUUAUAUAAUCAGCAGUAUAAUAAAUACUUCAAAAAUUAAUACGAAUAUAUUAAUAGUAUGUUAGCUAUGUAUGGAAAUAAUUAAUCAAUCAGAUAACCCGAAUAAAAAUAAAAUUGUUAUCCGUUGUUUUUCUAUUUUCCUUUUUGCAAACUUUAAUUGAUUUCCUUACAAUUCAAAGUAUAAAAGAUAAAUUUUCUACCUGUCCAGGCAAAAUAUUAUAAAUGAUAAAAUUAUAAUAAAAAAAAAUAAAAAUAAUAAAAGAAUGUAUAUAUAAUAAUGUCAACAAUUUAGGAUAUGUCAACAACUAUAAUGUAGAAAUAUAUACAAAACCAAAUAAAGAAAACAAAUAUUUCGUGCUACGACAAACAUCCUAAGCAAAAAUGUUUUAGUUGUGAGGGCUAGCAUACCUGUCCGUUCGAGGGAAAUUUUCGGAUUAUCUCUCGAGAGUAUGAGACAAAGUCUCACAUCGAACGCGAAAAAAAGACGGAUGUAGAAGUGAGGAAAAAAAGGGAAAAGAAAAAUACAGGCCUAUGGUCUGCACACUUUUCGAUAUUUCUCCUUCUCGCGCGAGUUCUACCUCCGAUAUUUCUCUCUUUCCUUCGUAGUCUCUCGUCACGUCGUCCUUGUCUAGGUGGUUCCGUUCGUCUCUCUUCGUCUCUCACACCGUAUCUCGGGGUGGUGGCCGAUGGUGGUGGUGGCGGCGGUCGUGUCCGGAUGGUGGUGGCUAUGGUGGGGGGGUAGUUGGUUCCUUCGUGCCUAUACUGCUCCCUAUCUCCUUUCUCUCCCUAUGGGAGGGCGAAGAGGGCCCCCGUAGCCGCGCACUGCGCACCGAGUUCAUCAUAGACAGAGCGAUCUCCCUGACAGCUUCUCGUCGGUCUUGAACAGAGGCGGAAUCAUCCAGAUUCUGUCUAUCUCUCCAGCUCUACAGUAGCGUGGUGUCGGUAUUAGCGAACAUAGGAGAGAAGAAUACGCGGAUAGCGAAAGUGCGUGACCUUCUUGCGUUCCUCGAUCGGAGACGGCUUGUCUCGAUCACCACACUUGUUUCAACUUAUUGUGCAUCCAGACGCUCGCGAAACUUCUUACUAUUUCCUCUGUCUCAUCUGCAGCUUCUUGACAUACGACCUAUCCUUUGAUCGUACCUUUCCCUCGUGAAUCUUUUCAUCCCGCAAAAGCAAUCCGAUCAAACGCAUUAACACCUCUACUCGUAGAGUCUCCCAUUCUCUUCUUUUUCUCCCAUCCGACCCUCCACGUUUUUCUCUUCCGCAAUCCUCAAAGCCUCGCCUGGCUCUGUCAUCACCGUCAUACCGUGCGUGACGAUCGCGGGAAGUUUGCUAUUUGACUGUUUGCACGAGCGAAGCGAGAGAUAGGCGCGGUUACGAGGGAGAGAGGCAAAGGAAGCCACAGUGGAAGAAGAAGAGGCGGUGGUUGAGGAGAAAGAGGAAGAAGACCUGUAGCUAAGAGACGGGGAAGGGGGAGAUCGUGAUGGUCCGUGUGUGGGAGGAGUAGUAGGAUCUGGAGGGCGACUUUUCUUUUAUUUGAGCUUGACACUUCGCCGCGAGCGCACAUACACCGGAAGUACCGAGUAAGUCAUCAAGUCCUUCUCUCUCCUUCUGCCCAAUCGUAUCGAAAGCUCGGCACAGAUUUGCCCGGAUCUCGUUACCAAGAAAGUGAAAGAAGAGGCGGAUUAACAUAUAUCCAGAAGGUGAAAGAACGACAAGAUGUUACCGGAUUUUCGGAUAGAUUUUACCGAGAAGGGUAUCGUGAUUUACGGCUUUGGGGUGCAAAUCGGAUAAAGGAAUUAUCCAAAGACUAUGUUGAAGUAUUCAUUCAGCGCCGAAGAGAAUACCAAAGACAGGAAGAAAGCCGGUGCAACAAAGACUGUAGUGAUAGUGACCUCACAGUAUACCUCGAUGAGAUUUGGAGAACGCUAGGCUACGAUUUUCCACGUUUCAUUCUUGGAGAACAGUGACAGUAUUUUUCGUUCCAAAGAUAAAUAAAAUCCAACAAGAUUCAGCGAAGUCGCCUCGAAGAUUUCACAUCGUUCCUGUUGAUAAAAGUCAAUGGAAACCUCUCUAAUGGGAACGUACGCGUAAGUCGUUCAUCAAAGGAUAGCGAAACGUCAUUACCAGACGAACCGAGAGAGAGUCACAAAAAGGAAGGUGAUUACACAUCGAGAAAACGAACCUCGUCAUUCAGCGAGCAAACGAGUCGACGCAAUAAGCUGCGACGAGAGCCGGUACCGUGACACUCGAUGAAUCGCCCGAUCGCCGCGGAAUAUUAUUCUCCCGGGGUAGUUUUCGAAACGCACCCUCGAAGCGGCAAAACUGGGAGCUCUCGAAUUGUACGGAACGUCAAAGGAGAAGCGCCGGUGCCCGGGGCAAGGAGGAGUUCUCGACGCGUGCCAGGCUACUGAUCACAGGCACCGCAGCGAGAAGAGUAGGAGAGGGACCGGAGGAAUACGGGGAGAGAAAGAGAAAGGCGAACUCGGAAAGAGCGAGGAAGAAAGAGCGUGGAAAAAGAAGAGAGAAAGGGAGAUAAAGAACGAGAGCAACUUCAGCAUCAUCUCGAACAAGGGGUUCUUCCGUUCGGGUGCUAGGGGUGUGCAACCCUGGUCGAAGGGUCGCACUCAACUCUUUUAAAGUGGGCAAACCGUGCAAAGAAGAGAAGACGUCCUCGGGGCGAUGACAGGAUGCCUCCGACUCGUACAGGACGUGCAUACGAAGGACCGCCAUCCAAGAUCGCCACUAAGAUCGGCCUGACUAUCGCUCUACUACUGAUUUUCCUCGAACAUCGCCGCGCAACUUGCCUAAUGAGCAAUUCCAUUCACUCGAAUGAUUGGAUGAGUAGUCCCAAUAUCGUCUGCAACGGCAUUCCAGGAUUGACGAAGGAUCAACGCGAGCUUUGCCAUAGAUAUCCCGAUGUUACGAUAUCCGCGAUGAAGGGGCUACAAUUGGCCAUAUCCGAGUGUCAACAUCAGUUCGUGUGGCAUAGGUGGAACUGUUCGUCCCUCACACCUAGCAGCAGAACUCAACAGAGCAGCGUCCUUCUUCAACGAGGCUACAGAGAGACGGCGUUCGCCUACGCGAUUUCGGCAGCUGGCGUGGCUCAUAACAUAGCUCGUGCCUGCAGCAUGGGUCGCUUGCUCUCCUGUAGCUGCGAUCCCUCGAGCUACAUGGAUAAAACACAACCGACAACUGCCAGGGAUAUCCCAUGGAAGUGGGGUGGUUGCUCUCACAACCUCGAAUACGGCAUGGACUUUUCGAAACAGUUCCUAGACACGCAGGAGAAAGCAGGCGACAUACAGUCUACGGUGAAUCUACACAAUAACCAAGCCGGUCGUCUGGCGUUGGCGAGCAACAUGCAGAUGCGCUGCAAGUGCCAUGGAAUGUCUGGAUCGUGCGAACUGAAAACCUGCUGGAAAAUCGUCCCGGAUUUCCGGGUAGUCGGCAAGGCCCUGAAGGACCGUUUCAGAAACGCCAUACUGGUGACGCAGACCAAUCUAGGUGAGGUGAUACCGUCGAACAGGAUUCGGGGAUCACGUCGGAAACAGAAGCAGAAGCAGAAGCAGAAGAAGCGCCGCAGGGACGGCCGCAAGAAGAAGAUCCGGGAUCUCCCCAGGCAGCUCUACUAUUACCAGAAAUCGCCGAACUUUUGCGAGCAGGACACGAUGCUCGACAUCGCCGGCACCGCUGGUCGCAGAUGCAACAAGACCAGCACCGGCGGGGAUGGAUGUGCCAGUUUGUGCUGCGGCAGGGGCUACAACAUGGUACGGCAGCGGCGAACCGAACGAUGCAGAUGCAAGUUUCACUGGUGCUGCUUCGUACAAUGUGAGAAUUGCACGGUGGAGGAGUGGAUCACGGUUUGCAAAUAAGGAAUAGGACAAGAUAAACGAGAAACAGAAGUCUAAGACUGACGAAAAUCGAUACGAAUUUCUUUCUUCCUUUCCACCGACCGAGCCGAACCGAGAAAGGAAUCAAGAUGAUAAACAGCGUCGAUUUAAUGAGAAAAUUCGCUUGGGAGAUCCGUCGAAGAUGCGCGUAACGAGGCUAUUCGUCCACGAGAAUCAAUCAUGAGAUACCUAAGUAGGAUUAAUAAUACGGUUCUUAUUGGAACCAGGAUUACCAGACUUCUCCUGAGCCAUCAUGAUAUCAGAAUGAAUUUAUCUGUAGCUAACUUCGAAUCUCUACGAACGCACUAGGAAUAAUCUUCGUUAGUAAAAUUAAAUCGAUUUCUAGGACCAUUCGAGGACCAAGAAGUCUUUAAAUGCGAUAAUAAUUUUUAUAGAAUGUUAAGCAACGCAAUUUUUUACUCUUUUACUCGUUGAUAUAUUGUUCGUAUUUUUUCAAAAUUAGUAGUUUUUAUGAUAAAAUAACUAAUCAAUUGUACUUUUCAAAAAUUCGUCUUAAUUAUCAUUGAAAAAGAUAAAUUUUAAUACGAAAUUUGUACAUUGUCGAAACCACGCAAAGCUGACAUAAAUCGUGCUCUAUUAAACGUCAAUUACGGAAAUUAUACUUCGACUUAUCAAUCAUUUGCGAACAAUUGGAUUGAAUAACAAAGAAACAUGAGUCAAUCGCAGGAGUCCAAUCGCAUUAGAAGAGGUCUUGCGUAAAUUGCUCCGUAGUGGCGUGAGUAAUAUAAAAUGAUCCGUAGGCUAAGUCAAACUCAUAAUUUAUUUAUAACAACGCUCUAUUUAUAAUUAAUAUUUAAUUUUAUAAUUUCUACGUGAACUGUAAAACCUCCAGCACAGUAUUAUUAGACAAAAGGUGUGUCCUGUUUGACGGACACGAUUGUACACAAUUUAAUAAUGUGCGUACAAUAAAGAGAGUUCCUUCAAACAAUACCCCAAUAUUGUGUCCACUUUCAGAUAUUUUAUUAUAUUAUUAUAGCGAUUAGUGCAAAUAACAUUUUUAUUUUUAGAAACGUUUUUAGUAUUUAUUUCUGAUUGUAUAUGUGUAUAUGUAUGUGUGUAUGUGUGCCUCGCCCGAAUUAGUGAAAUAAGUGAGAUCUUCUUUUUAUUGAGGACUGUUAUAAAUAAAUGCGCGUUAGAAUC